AUGAAUGCCGCUUCUCUCAUUCUUGGGGAUGAUAUCUUUGCCGACCUUAUCAAAUCAUCUGAUCCUUCAGCAGCAGCAAAGAGCCUUCGGCAGAGGAACAAAGACAAGUACUCUGCAUCCUCCUCCGGCAACAACAUAGAAGGCUCUACCAUAUUGGUGGUAGAAGAUGAUAAUAUCGUCGGUGAUGAUGUCGAUCCCCUGUUCGUUCCAGACGAUGCGGAUACUGGGGAUAACAACGAUGAAGAGCGCCAGUUUAUGGCCACUACUAAAGGGACACGAAAGAAGCACAACGCAGAAGCUAACACCACCUCAUAUCAAAUCGACAAGGACUCGGUCGCUGGUGCUAGAAAGAACGCUACCGCUGUGAUAGUGCAAGCGAUCCCGCAAGAUCUAGAGAAGGGCUAUAGGAUGGCAACCGUACCGAAGAAGACUCCUAAUAGGAGCUUAGCUUGCGACAUUGGAUGGUAUUGCCUGGCAAGCGAGCAAUGCCGACGGGCAAAGCAAUGCCUUUCGGUCAAUAGUAGUUCAUCAACCAAUGCUAUGAAGCACUUAAAAGCGGCACAAGGACGUUCUUCAAUUCAGACGGAAACGACGGAGGGAAAUAGGCGGCGUAAGGUAGAGCCGGUCAAUGCUGCGAAGGCCCCCGCUCUUUUUAAGGAUGACCCGAAACGCUUCUACGAAAUGCUAUGGACUCGUCUGGUUAUAAUUGGGUCACCUAAUGGCAAACAUCUACCCAUGCGCAAGAGACUUCAUCAUUUGAUUCUUGAAGUAUAUCACGCUACGAAAGAGGACUUCAGGAUCGAUCGAAUGGCGUAUGAGAACUUCCAAUCUCGCCAUAAAGCACGUCUGUCCAGACUUGGUGGAAUACAAAAGCUCCCGAUGUUCUGGCAGAGUUCGGCCUUUUGCCCUCGGAUUUUGCUGUUUCUACAUCUGACGGAGAAGUUGGUAAUUGACAGCCUUUACGAAGGAAGACUCUCGGAGCAACAACGGGCAAAGCUAGUUACGGCAGUGAAGAAAACUGUCUGGUACAAGAUUAAAGCAAUGGUAAUAAGAGCGGCCACGACGCUUUCUACCGUAGGUGGUGCAGGGUUUGAGGUAGGGAACACUCAAAAGGAUGACCUUUGGAGUGGCAGAGGUACGAGCUCUUUAACUGGUAUUCAAAACGCAGGAGGCACAUCAUCAUUAGCAAGCAACGUACGGGCGCCCAGGAAGAGCUUGGUCUCAACAUCAAACCUUUUUAAGGGCCUCUUUGAUAUGAGAGCUUCAGUGGCAAGCAAUACCUCAGUCGGAUGCUCUUUGGAGACUUUAGUGGAUGAGGAGAUAGAAAGCUUUAUGAAGUCUACCCGCGCACUGGUGAUGCCGCAUGACUUUGAGCUUCAGGAUGUGCUGGAUGGGUUCUGGAUGAAACACCAGGGCAGAUUUCCUCACCGCGCUGCAGUUGCUAGAUGUAUCUUUGGAAUCCUGCUUUAG